GGUGGAGUAGAUGGAGCAGGUAGGCGUGGUGCUGAAUGAACAGCUCCUCGGAUCAUAAAGUAUCAGAGAGUCUCUCCGCUCCGUCAGAGCAGCAGCAGCAUUCAGUCAUGAGGAGCCAGCCGAGCUCUCCGUCCUCCAGAGCGUCCUCCUGACCACACACACACACACACACACACACACACACACACACCAUGAAGAGGCAGAACGUGCGGACCCUCGCGCUCAUCAUCUGCACCUUCACCUACCUGAUAGUCGGAGCUGCGAUCUUCGACGCGCUGGAGUCUCGGGAGGAGACGAGCCAGACGAGUGCGCUGGACCUGCGGAGAGAAGAGCUGCUGCACACCUUCAACCUGUCCGCGGAGGACUUCGACCAGCUGGAGAAGGUGGUGCUGGAGCUGAAGCCGCACAAAGCAGGCGUGCAGUGGGAGUUUGCAGGCUCCUUCUACUUCGCCAUCACUGUGAUCACCACCAUAGGAUACGGCCACGCAGCCCCCAGCACAGAUGGAGGGAAGGUGUUCUGCAUGCUUUACGCCCUCCUGGGCAUCCCUCUCACUUUGGUCAUGUUCCAGAGCGUGGGUGAGCGGAUCAACACCUUCGUCAGGUUCCUGCUCCACCGCCUGAAGAAGUGCGUCGGCAUGAGGCGCACUGAGGUCUCCAUGGUCAACAUGGUGACCUUCGGCUUCAUAUCCUGCAUGAGCACGCUGUGCAUGGGGGCGCUGGCUUUCUCGCACUUCGAGGGAUGGAGCUUCUUUCACGCGUACUACUACUGCUUCAUCACGCUCACCACCAUCGGCUUCGGGGACUACGUGGCGCUGCAGAGCAAGCAGGCCCUGCAGACCAAGCCGGAGUACGUGGCCUUCAGCUUCAUCUACAUCCUGACGGGCCUGGCGGUGAUCGGAGCCUUCCUCAACUUGGCGGUGCUGCGGUUCAUGACCAUGAACGCCGAGGACGAGAAGCGCGACGCCGAGCAGAGGGCGCUCCUCGCUCACAAUGGUCAGGCGGGCGGACACAUCCACUGCUCCAUAGACGAGGCCUCCUCCUCGUCCACGCCGACUGGAUGCGGCGGAGGGAGCGGAGUCGGAGGUAGCGGGGGUGGGGCGGCGAGCCGGGGUCUGCGUAACGUUUACGCCGAAGUGCUCCACUUCCAAUCCAUGUGCUCCUGCCUUUGGUACAAGAGCAGGGAGAAGCUGCAAUACUCCAUACCGAUGAUCAUCCCGCGUGACCUCUCCACCUCAGACACCUACAUGGAGCAGGGAGAGGCGUUUUCCAACCCGCUGCACUCCAACGGCUGCGUGUGCAGCCUGCAGCGCCACUCGGGCAUCAGCUCCGUUUCCACGGGUCUACACAGCAUCAACACCUACAGAAGACUCAAUAAACGUAGGAGCUCCAUCUAAACCUGGAGGACUUCAUGCUUUACGGUCAAAUCCCACGGGAGGGCUCUUCUUCUGUGGUAAUAAAUUAGCCGAGGACAUCGGGGGGAACACAAGUCCAGUCCUAAAGAGACGCAGUGCUCCUGAUGUUUGCUUCUUUCUGGCACUGAAGAGCCUCCAGACUCCAACUUCCAUUAGCUAAGCACAAACCGUUAAGGACUAACAUCGUUACUGAUGUCACUGAGAAGUAAUGCUAAUGGUUGUUCGAGAAGCAUUCGUUACACAAACUCUGAAACUGUUGCUGUUGGAGGACACGUGUGCAGAUCUCUCUGCACCUCUGAAUUCUAAUAUUAAAUAUCAUAAUAUUAAAUUCAGUAUUUGACAGACUUUCAUGUCCUAAUAUGAAAAGGGACAAAGUACACUGUGAGUUUUUAAGAGGGAUUGUAUAUAAUAACCCCAAAAUAUUUUAUUGAAUAAUCUUAAAUACACUUUUUUCCGAAAAGGAACCUUUGGUUGUAAGUAUUAUACUCACUGCAGUGAAAUGAAAAGGUGUGUGUAAGUAUAUAUAUAUAUAUAUAUAUUUGGACACUUCACUAGUUGGGAAAGCUUAUUUUUUCAGUGAAAGAUAUCAGAAAUAUUCUCAGUGUCUUCUCCUGUGUGUCUGUAACUGAAGUUCAGGUUCAAGCCAAACUUUCUGUUCUGUUUCUUUCCUUCCAGGAGAAAACUCACAUCGACGGCACUUAAAUGACAGUUUUGAUCGAGAAUGAUUGAGCAGGUUCGGCUUAAAUGUUUGGCUGAAGGACGAGACACUUGUAGCUGUUGUGGCACCCGAUUUGACUGUUAUCAGGCCAUUAAAGAGGCGUUCUUGGUCGCUAUAAGCACCAUAGAUGUGGGUCAGUAGGGGCCUACUAUGCCUACUAAGCUGUAAAAAUGAAAGUGAAAGUUAAAACAACACGUUCUAAGAUGUCAAACGUCAUGUUUUGAACACAAACAAAAAAGCUUCUUUAAGUUUAGGUAACAAAACCACUUUAAGUUUAACGAAACAGGAGUUUCAUGCUUUCUAUAGGGACCUUAUUGAUGGUGUGAGUUCAUCCCAGUGCAAAACACACAGGCAUUGUAGCUUCAGAGAGAGAGACGCGCUUUAGGGUGUGUCGUCUUUCUAAUUACACAUUUUCACAGUCUGAUACUUCGACAGUUUU